GCGGCGGUGGCGGUCGGGGCGGGCGCAGCGAGUGGGCCGCGCGCCGCCGCCAUGGGCUUCGGGGACCUAAAGUCCGCCGCGGGCCUCCGCGUCCUCAAUGACUUCCUGGCCGACAAGAGCUACAUCGAGGGGUACGUCCCUUCGCAGGCUGACAUAGCAGUCUUCGAAGCGAUCGCUGCCCCGCCGCCUGCAGAUUUGUUCCAUGCUCUCCGGUGGUACAAUCAUAUUAAGUCGUAUGAAAAGCAAAAGGCAAGCUUGCCAGGAGUAAAGAAGGCGUUGGGAAAAUAUGGUCCUGCUGAUGUUGAGGACACGACAGGUGCAGCCACAGAUAGCAAAGAUGAUGAUGACAUUGACCUUUUUGGAUCUGAUGAUGAGGAGGAAAGUGAAGAAGCAAAGAAACUGAGGGAAGAGCGUCUGGCCCAGUAUGAAUCAAAGAAGUCCAAAAAACCAGCUGUUGUUGCCAAGUCAUCGAUCUUGCUUGAUGUGAAACCUUGGGAUGAUGAGACAGACAUGGCCAAACUAGAGGAGUGUGUUCGAAGCAUUCAAGCAGAUGGCUUGGUCUGGGGAUCUUCCAAGCUAGUACCUGUUGGCUAUGGUAUCAAAAAGCUUCAGAUCCAGUGUGUUGUUGAAGAUGAUAAAGUUGGAACAGAUAUGCUGGAAGAGAGAAUAACAGCUUUUGAAGAUUAUGUACAAUCAAUGGAUGUAGCUGCUUUCAAUAAGAUUUAAGUCUUGAUAUAUCUAGAAUAAAUGUUGUUGCAAAAAAUGUGCAGUGUCUCUGCUUGUUUCAGAAUCUUAGCGUAAUCCAG